AUGCAAAAUUGCCCACCUAGUCCUUAUUCUGGCUUUUCAAAACUUGAUAAAAGCUCUCCUCUUUGUGCUGUGCAUUUUCCAUCUCUUCCUGCUUCAGUUGUGAGGCUUACUGGUGCUGGUGAUUGCUUAGUCGGUGGAACACUCACAUCAAUUUGUGCAGGAUUAGAUAUUAUGCUAAGUGUGUCAGUUGGCAUUGCAAUGGCUAAAGCUGCAAUUGAGGCUGAGGCUAAUGUCCCUAAUUCUUUCAAUUUAUCAGUUAUCGCAGAUGAGGCUAAAACUAGAGAACAUGUAGAUCAUGUUCCCCUCAUUCUCUUCUGUGUAACCAAGUUUACAAACAAAUUACUCCAUGACCGAAUCUACAUUCCCUUCGCGGGCCUGAAACCCGGGCGGAUCAGAAGAAAGAUAGGGGCAUCGGCAAUUCCCUCAUCUGUGACUCUCCUACGGGAAAGAUUAAGAAAAGCAUAUCCAGGAGAGUUCGAUCUAACUUGUAGAUUUCUUUCAGCCUUUUCUUCUUUAGCUGAGUUCUCUAGACUAGCCGUUCCUGUUCGACUCCGGGGAUAA